AUGAACAUGGUAUCUGCAGCUCAGAAGAAGACCCUCCACACAAUUCUCGCGACUAAGCUCAGCAAGCUCACAAUCCCGCCAGCAAACUCAUCUUCAUCCUCUCCUGACCAAGACUUCGAUUUCUCCGAGCUAUUUGGCCCAUUACCAUCUUCACCCCAUCCGAAAGACCCAUCACCAUCAUCGCCAUCAUCUUCACCUUCGCUAUUCCUCGGAGACCCACAAAUCAUUCAUAACCGUUCCCACUCCUUCAUUGGCCCUUCACCCAGAUUCACCCUCUCCAAAUCCCUCCCAUUCCACCAGGAUAUCGACGAUUCGGGUAGUGAAAGUGGUGAAAUUGAAGGCGAAAGUGAAGGUGGAGAGUCUGCAGACAUCAAUACCAAUAGGGUAUCUCAAGAGGCUGAAAAUAGAGAGGAAGUGUCUAAGAUUGGACCUGUGGAUUUUGAGAUAUUAAGGGUUAUAGGGAAAGGAGCCUUUGGGAAGGUUUUUCAGGUGAGAAAAAAGGAUUGGAAUGGAAUUGGUGAUGGGAUAUUUGCAAUGAAAGUCAUGAGGAAAGAUACCAUUAUAAAGAAUAAUCAUGUGGAUUACAUGAAAGCUGAGAGGGAUAUACUCACCAAGGUUGUGCAUCCCUUUAUUGUCCAGCUUCGAUAUUCUUUUCAGGUCAAGUGUUACUCUAAUCAGAGCUAG